AUGGUGUCUGUGGGGAAGGAUGCCACCUUGAGCUGCCAGAUCAUUGGAAACCCCAUCCCAGUUGUGAGCUGGGAAAAGGAUAAACUUCCAGUCCCGUCUGGAGGAAGGUUUAAAACCACAGAAGAUGGGGAUCUCUACAGGCUAACAAUCUAUGAUCUGAGCUUGGAGGACAGUGGCCAAUACAUCUGCCGGGCCAAGAACACCAUCGGGGAAGCUUUUGCAGCUGUCAGCAUCAAAGUUGGAGAGGAGACCACAGUAACAGAGUCAGCCCCAUACUUCAUCCAGAAACCCUCCUCCAUCAAAGUAACGUUGGGAGAAGACGCUAUGUUCAAGUGCAAAGUCCAGGGCAGCCCUCCCCUCUCGGUGAACUGGGAGAAGGAUGGGAGAUACCUGCGGAACCGGGCUGAUGCCGGCCGCUUCCAGAUCGAGUCCGCUGGGGAGUCAAACGCUCUCACUAUCCAGUGUGCCCGGCUGGGGGACAGUGGCACCUACACCUGCCGGGCAGAGAAUCCCAUCGGCUCUGCCAGCGCUUCGGCUGCGCCGGGGAGGCGGGAGGAGAUCAGGAAGAUGGACAUCUCCCAUGGGGCUCUCGAUUCAGUGUCUGCCCAGUCUUAUUCCAUGGCAGAAGGGUUGUCCGGCAUCAGCUACAGCCUCUCCCGGGAUUACGAGAGAGCGGCUGGACUUACCACCAAAGGGGCCCGCAACGCGACUUUUGGGGCAUUGACACGCACGUGUAGCGUGACAGAGGGGAAGCACGCCAAGCUGAGCUGCUAUGUGACGGGCGAGCCCAAGCCAGAGAUUGUGUGGAAGAAGGACAACGAGGUCAUUUUGGAAGGGCGGCGGCACGUCAUCUAUGAGGAUGAUCAGGAGAACUUUGUGCUGAAGAUCCUCUUCUGCAAGCAGAUAGACAAUGGGUUGUACACCUGCACGGCCUCCAACCUGGCAGGCCAGACGUACAGCUCUGUGCUCGUCACCGUCAAAGAACCUUCGAUACCUUUCAAGGAAAAACUGAAGGAUCUUGAAGUGAGGGAGAAGGAAUCUGCCACCUUCCAAUGUGAAGUGCCUGUUCCUAGUACAGAAACGGCUUGGUUCAAGGAGGAAACAAAACUCCGGCAGAGCAAGAAAUACAACAUCGAAGAAGAAGGCACAUAUCGCCGGCUCACUGUCCAGAACGUGACUGCAGACGAUGAUGCUGUCUAUAUCUGUGAGAUGAAAGAAGGCAGCAGGACCAUCGCAGAGUUGUCUGUCCAAGGGAACAUCAUUAAAAAACUUCCACGAAAGACUGCAGUCUUCAUAAACGAUACGGCCAUCUUCUGUGUUGAGCUGGACAAUGAAUGCCAGAACAUCCGAUGGCUGAAAAAUAAAGAAGAGGUGAAACCCAGUGAUCGAAUUUCCAUCACAUGUUCUGGCAAGCAACAUACCAUGACUGUCAGAGAGUGUAAGAUGGAAGAUGCUGGUGAGAUUGCCUUCCUGGCUGAUGAAAGCAGGACUUCUACCCAGUUCACUGUGACCACCCCCAAAAAACCUCCCACCCAACCCCCAGCUGACCCUGUGGUGAAAAAUAAAACAGAAACCUCAGUGACGCUAGCAUGGUCCCCUCCGAAGAUGGACCGCCCCAUUCCAGUCGAUGGCUACGUCGUGGAACGCAAGAAACUAACUGGCUUUACCUGGGUGAGGUGCCAUGAGUCUCAUGUCCCCGUCCCAGAGUUCACGGUGAACAACCUGUCGGAAGAGGCUGACUAUCAGUUCAGAGUGUCUGCGGUCAACGCCUACGGGCAGAGCCCCUACCUGGAGUUCCCAGGGAGCUUGCACCUUGAACCAGUCCUGGCUGUGAAAACCCCUCUGACAACUGCUGAAACUGUACCUGGAGGGGAUGCCCUGUUUACUGUUGACCUUACAACGACAUGUUCUGGCACUUGGUACCUUAAUGGUAAAAUCUUACAGGAAAGUGAGACCUACAUCAUUAAGAGAACCCAAACUACUCACACCCUAAUCAUAAAGAAUGUCACGAAGAAUGAUGAUGGAGCAGAAGUGAAAUUUGUUGCCAAUAAUGUUGACACCAGCACCAAGAUGAGAGUGAAAGGUGCUGCAGUGAGAUUUACCAACAAGAGCAGAGAUAUAGAAAAAGUCUCUGCUCGGCUGCGGGAGGAAGCCAAACUUCAGGCUGAGCUUUCCGACACAGAGGCCAUUGUGAAGUGGAUAAAGGAUGGGAAAGAGCUCAAGGCCAGUGAAAAAUAUGAACUUCAAACUGUGGGGAAGAGGCACAUCCUGAAAAUUUGCAACACUGCAGCAGAGGAUGCUGGAGUUUAUGAGUGCGUCUGCGAAGGGGAUAAAAUGCUCUAUCAGCUUUCAGUGAAAGCACUUGCAAACUUCAUAAACAAAGAGAAAAGUGGAGGAGUUAUCAGGGCCAUUGCUGGAAAACAGGCUGAAUUUUUUUCUGAGACCUCUGAGGCCAACAUCAUGGUUAAAUGGUACAAAGAUGGCAAAGAAAUCACAGCCAGCAAGAAAUUCACAAUGGAAGAUAAAGGAAAACUGCAUAAGCUUGUGAUUUCAGCGGUGACAAAAGAAGAUGAAGGAACAUACACAUGCAAAACUGGAGAUGACACUCUUAUUUUUGAUUUAAAAGUCUCAGAUGAAGCUGUUAAUUUUGUCAACAAGCCCAAAACAACUCCAGAAAUAUCAGUUAGUCCUUCUGAAAACCUUGAGCUGGUGUGUGAGGUGUCAGCUGCGAGUGGAGCCGUGAUAUGGAAGAAGGAUCAAACCGAGGUGAAGCAGGACCAGAGGACAACAGUCGUCUCCCAGGGGACACACCGCAAGCUCAUCAUCAAGAAGGUGACACAGCAAGACCAAGGGAGCUACACCUGUGAAACAAAGGAUGACAGAACAACAUUCCAAGUCAAAGUCAGAGAGAUAGAAGACGUGUUUACAAACAAGGACAAGGUACAAAAGGAGGUGAAGGCUGUACUGACACAAAACGCCACCCUGAGCUGCGAGGUGGCCCAGGAGAAGACCGACGUGAAAUGGUACAAGGAGGGGAAACUGAUCACCUCGAGCAAGAAGUUCAAGGUGGAGUCGGAGGGCAAAUCGCGUCGUCUGGUGGUGGGUCAGGUGGAGAAGAAAGAUGCUGGGGAGUACACCUGCGAGGCUGCUGGCCAGAAGCUGACCUUCAAGGUUGUCGUCACAGAAGCAGAGGAUGCAUUUGUCAACAAAGAGAAGGUGAAGAAAGAGGUGAAAGCUGCACUGUCAGAAAAUGCCACCCUGAGCUGCGAGGUGGCCCAGGAGAAGACCGACGUGAAAUGGUACAAGGAGGGGAAACUGAUCACCUCGAGCAAGAAGUUCAAGGUGGAGUCGGAGGGCAAAUCGCGUCGUCUGGUGGUGGGUCAGGUGGAGAAGAAAGAUGCUGGGGAGUACACCUGCGAGGCUGCUGGCCAGAAGCUGACCUUCAAGAUUGUCGUCACAGAGGCAGAAGAUGCAUUUGUCAACAAAGAGAAGGUGCAGAAGGAGGUGAAAGCUGCACUGUCAGAAAACGCCACCCUGAGCUGCGAGGUGGCCCAGGAAAAGACCGACGUGAAAUGGUACAAGGAGGGGAAACUGAUCACCUCGAGCAAGAAGUUCAAGGUGGAGUCGGAGGGCAAAUCGCGUCGUCUGGUGGUGGGUCAGGUGGAGAAGAAAGAUGCUGGGGAGUACACCUGCGAGGCUGCUGGCCAGAAGCUGACCUUCAAGGUUGACGUCACAGAUGAUGUGUUUGAACACAAAGACAAAGUGCGAAAGGAGGUGAAGGCAGUGCUGAAGGAGAACACCACCCUGAGCUGCGAGGUGGCCCAGGAGAAGACCGACGUGAAAUGGUACAAGGAGGGGAAACUGAUCACCUCGAGCAAGAAGUUCAAGGUGGAGUCGGAGGGUAAAUCGCGUCGUCUGGUGGUGGGUCAGGUGGAGAAGAAAGAUGCUGGGGAGUACACCUGCGAGGCUGCUGGCCAGAAGCUGACCUUCAAGAUUGACGUCACAGAGGCAGAGGAUGCUUUCAUCAACAAGGAGAAGGUGAAGAAAGAGGUGAAAGCUGCACUAUCAGAAAAUGCCACCCUGAGCUGCGAGGUGGCCCAGGAGAAGACCGACGUGAAAUGGUACAAGGAGGGGAAACUGAUCACCUCGAGCAAGAAGUUCAAGGUGGAGUCGGAGGGCAAAUCGCGUCGUCUGGUGGUGGGUCAGGUGGAGAAGAAAGAUGCUGGGGAGUACACCUGCGAGGCUGCUGGCCAGAAGCUGACCUUCAGGAUUGAUGUCACAGAGCCAGAAGUUGUGUUUACAAACAAGGAGAAGGUGCAGAAGGAGGUGAAAGCUGCACUAUCAGAAAAUGCCACCCUGAGCUGUGAGGUGGCCCAGGAGAAGACCGACGUGAAAUGGUACAAAGAGGGGAAACUGAUCACCUCGAGCAAGAAGUUCAAGGUAGAGUCGGAGGGCAAAUCGCGUCGUCUGGUGGUGGGUCAGGUGGAGAAGAAAGAUGCUGGGGAGUACACCUGCGAGGCUGCUGGCCAGAAGCUGACCUUCAAGAUUGAUGUCACAG